CCAUAUACCACAAAUCCCCAAUACAUAAUAAACACAUAAAAAAAGUAUAUAUUUACAUUAAUCUGGAAAUAGUUUCCAAUGAUGGACAUAAUUAUGGCCCUAUAUCUGAUACACAUGUGAAGCAAGCUUGCAUUAACAGUUGUCUAUAUAUAUUGGAUUUAUAUUGUAUAUUUAUAUCCUCCGUCAGCUCUGUCAUUGAUUCAUUUGCCUGAAUACCAAAGGGGCGUGCCCGCCCGCGUUGUUCUGCGUGCGUGCGCGCCCCCUACUGUGGUACAAGCGAGAGUCGCAAGUUGUAGUACAUUGUAAAUAGAAAGCAGGAGAGUCAUUCGCCCAUGUCGUAAAUAUACAUUUCAAAUUAUCUUCGACUGAGUACAUGUAAUUAGCUAAUUGUGUAUUUGCUGAAACAGUCAUAUAUGUGCUUUUGAGGAAUUACAAGGGAUUUAAAGCAGAAGAAAUAGCUAUGUAUCGGUCUCUGUAUGCCUUUCGAUCUGCGGAGCCCAACUCGCUCCACUUCGGGUCCGGCGAGAGCUUUCUGAUCCUGGAACGCAGCAACAAACACUGGUGGCUCGGCUCACGCUGCAGUUCGGGCGAGACAGGCUACGUUCCCGCUUCUUACAUCGAAAGGAUUCAGGCUCCAGAGCAGGAUGAGGUUUUACAAUCUAUCGACCGGGCCAUCGAAGGGAUCCAUAACUUGGCCAUGAAGAACGGGGGCAAAUACAACCUGGAGCAGCGAGACAUGCUACAGAAGUUGAUCCAUCACAGGAAGGAGACCCUGUCAAGGCGAAGUCCAACUCCAUCCAGUCCUAAGCAGGGCCUGUCCUCCUCUACCAGCGAACUGUCCCUCAGCCACAACCCUCAACCACUCAAUGGGAUCAGCCGCACAAUGUCAGAGAGUACUGACAAUGUACAGGGGAUUUACCAGGUGCCUCCUCAGCCCCGUCGUGCAGCACCCAUAACUCCGCCUCCUCCUGAGAAACUAAGAGCCAGCCGACACCCAGCAGAGUCAUCCAUUCCUCCUCCUACUGGCCCCGCCACUGCUGCAGGGACUGGCCUGUCCCCCUCUGUCAGCUCUGCCUCCCUGGACUCUGGUUCCUCCCACUCUGUGGUGUCCUCUGAUGUCAGCCUUCCAAGCGUUGCCAGCACCCCGCCCCCAGUGCCAAGCCGUGUGAAGCCCCCGCCCCCUCCUCCAGACGACCUACCUCCCUCUGACCCCUCUCCCCAGCCAGCUCCCUCAAAGAAGGGCCCCGCACCCCAACCUCAACCUCAGCCCACUCCCCCACCACAGCCCAGCACUGAGGACCAAUCAGAAACCGACUGGCCUCUUGCCCCGCCCUCUGUCGCUGAAAGCCCCCCCGGCAGCCCCACUCACUCAGAGCCUGUCCCCGGGACAACAGGGGCGGAGCUUAUCGAGCUGGUGAGGAGGAACACGGGCCUGAGUUACGAUCUGUCUCGGGUAGCGGUGGGUGUGGUCGUGGGUCACCUGCAAACUACCAUACCUCAAGCCUCAUCUGACUUAGAGAAAGUCCUCCUCUCAUUGGUAGAGAGCAAGGAUCAGAGUUCGGCGUUGCCACAGGGACAAGUGUGUCACGAUGAACAGCGCUUGGAGGUCAUCUUAGGCGACCUUGCCCGUCACUUUGAUGACUCUCAGCAGCGCAGCUGGGCUCUUCACGAAGACCACUCUCUCAUUGCAUGUUACCUGGAGGAGCUGCUGAAGAUACUGACAGAUGCAGAUCCAGAGGUGUGUAAGAGGAUGUGCAGGGUCAACCACUCAGAGCCAGUGCUGUCACUAGUGACCUAUUACCAGAUGGAACACCGAGUGUCUCUACGCCUGCUGUUGCUCAAGGUGUUUGGGGCGAUGUGUAGCCUGGACUCUGCCCUUAUCUCCACCCUCCUCAACUCCAUCCUGCCCAUGGAGCUGGCCAGAGACCUGCAGACAGACACACAGGAACAUCAGAAGAUGUGUUACACAGCCUUGGUCCUGACUAUGAUCUUCUCUAUGGGGGAGCAGGUGCCCUAUCACCACUAUGAGCACUUAAACGCUAGUUUUGUUCAGUUCCUGCUAGAUGUGGUUGAGGACGGUCUUCUCUCUGACCCCACAGAGCAGCUCCCUGACCUCUGUGUCAAUCUCAUCCUGGCCUUUAACCUGCACCUCAUAGUGCCCAGCAGCAACGUGAUAAUGCAGACUGUAGUCAAGAAGAACGUGAAGAUCUUCUCUGAGAAAAUAGUGCUUCUACUAAACAGAGGAGAUGACCCUGUGUGUGUCUUUAAACAUGCUCCCCCUGCCCCACACUCAGUACUUAAGUUCCUGCAGGAUGUCUUCGCCAGCCGAGACUCUUCAGACAUCUUCUACCGCACGGACAUGAUGGUGAUGAUAGACAUCGCUGUUCGAUGCAUCUCUGACCUCUCACCUGGGGACAAGUUGAGGAUGGAGUACCUCUCCCUCAUGCACUCCAUCAUACGCUCCACAGACUACCUGGAGCACCGGCACCGCCUCUCCGACCUGCAGGGCGCACUGCAAAGGAUUCUGAGAGAGGAGGACAACUCAGGAGCGGACGAGGGCGGGGCCACAGCUAAACAGAUGGAUAAGCUAAUAGUGCAGGAGAUGUACAAGGAAUUCCCUCAGAUCAGCGAGAGCUAGGAGGACUGAAUAUGACAGUGGUGAUGUGCACUCAUCCAGUAGUCUGCUCCUUUAUACUGAGGGAUGGUACUGAGGAACUUCCUAGGAUUAAGAAAGGACUGUAGACCGCUACUUAGUUUCUGAGAUAACAUACUGUUACACUUGACUUGAACCCUCCAUCAUAAGUGCUAAAGCCCUUAUGAUGUAAUCCCUUGUACUGAGGGGCCAGCCUACAGUGUUUUAUGUAGGGCCUUGUAACCCUGGUAUUAGUGUACUGUAUUCUGUAGAUCAGUGGUUCUCAAUCUUGGUCCGGGGACCCAAAGGGGUGCACAUUUUAGAUUUUGCCUUAAGACUACACAGCUGA